ACUUCCUCCUCUGAAGACUCGACGUCUGACUGAACGGUUUCUGCUGAGAGGAGACUGGAUGCUUUGAGACACGCUUCAUUUCAAGCAGAGACACACCAUGAAGCGCCUGUUAUUUUCACACGCUUGUGUGCUGCUGCUCUGGACAUGGACAGCAUGUGUGAACACCGGUGCAGACGCGACAAUAACUGUGAGAGAGGUGUAUGAUGGAAUUGAGCUGACUUGUCCCACGGGCCUCACAUUCAGCAAAACAGACAAGAAUACUCUGCAUCUGCCGUACAAGGACGAGAAGUCGGGGGAGUACACGUGUGUCAAUGCUACUCACGAGAAUUCUCCUCAAGACAUAUCAAUCUAUGUGAAGUUUCGCACUUGUGACAACUGCAUCGAGCUGGACACGUCCUCCAUCGCAGGCCUGGCCAUCGGCGAGGUGGUGGCGACCGCUGUGGUCGGAGUCGCCGUCUAUCUGUUCGCCUCCGUCGUCCGGAGUGGCGUCGCCACACCCAGCAGCAAAAGGUCCGACAGGCUGCCCCCCCGGCCCCGUGAACCAAUAGGAGCCUCAAGUGACCCCUACCAGCGCCUGAAUUUCAGAUCCCCCAAAGACGAGUACGACAAGAUCCACAGAAAAUGAUAGAAGGACUCAAGAGGGUUUUUUUGUUGUUGUUUUUUCUUUUUCUUUUUUUUUAAAAUCAAUCUCCAUAGCUUGUUUAAAUCUGCUUUCACCGUGUUUGUGAAAUACUCUGAUGACACCAUGGAGGCUUAUUUUUUGUUGUUAUUUUGCCCACAUGAAAACUGUUUUGCCAAGUAUAACAUAUUGUAGUGUGUGUUUAUGUUUAUCUUGCUUGUCUUUGUGGAGUUAAAAACCUUGGAAGGAGCAGGAG